AUGCUAGAGCAUAAUGGCGAGACUCGAGUGAGGUACCGGUACUGUAUGCCUAUUACUGGCCUAGCUUUACUUGUCUUAAACCUACGCCUAGGCCCUGGGACUAUGAAAAAACAUCCAUUUCAUAAUCACACACAGCAACGACCAGAGAAUAAUAAGAGAUGACUAUGUCUUUAAGUAGGCUGUUUUCUAACAUUGCAAAACUACAAUUUUCAGCUGGUGUUAGCAUCUCUGGCUCACUGUGCAGGAACUCGUUUUCAUUGCUUGCAAGGAAAACUCCACCAAUUAGAACAUUAAGGGAACAGAACACUGCUGCGAUUUCAUCGUGUACAUCACAUUUUAUCAAGCAGUCAUUUUUUACCAGCAAGAAUGACUGCCGAAAGAACUUACUAUGUUCAGAGUGGUUGAUGAGGUCGUGCAGCACAAGUGGUAGUGCGUCUUCAAAUACUUACGAAGAUGGAACAUUUAUUUACACACCUAAGAAAAUACCAUUAAAAGCGAAAUGGAAACAUAGAGGAUUAGAAAACAAGUAUACCAUACGCCCUCUAGGGUUUGUUAGGACAUCGGGACGAAACCACAAAGGUAAAGUCACCAUCACAGGUCGUGGCGGUGGACACAAGCGGUGCUAUAGGAUGAUUGAUUUUCACCGUACACCCCCAAUGGAUGGCUCCGUUAAGGAGGAGAAAGUGCUGAAGAUUCUCUAUGACCCAAAUCGUAGCGCUCGGAUUGCACUAGUGGCAGGCGGCAAUCAUAAACGAUACAUUUUGUCUACGGUGAACAUGAAACCUGGCGAUAUUAUUAAAACAUCGUGCGAAGUGGGAAGAAUGACAGUUCUGGCCAACGAAGGGGAUGCACACCCAUUGGCUGCCCUGCCGAUUGGUGCUCAGGUGCAUUGUGUUGAACCCUACCCUGGGGCUGGAGGACAUUAUGGCCGUGCUGCUGGCACAGCAAUGGUGCUGAUACGCAAGGUCGGAGGUCAAGCCAUCUUGAAAAUGCCUUCAAAACGCGAGAUGAGUGUAAGCGACAAGUGUAUGGCUACCAUGGGGAGAGUGUCCAAUGAAGCCCACAAUCAGCGUGUCAUUGGUAAAGCAGGUCGUAAUCGUUGGCUUGGAUGGAGACCAGCAAGUGGGUGGUGGCAGCGGAAGGGAGGCUGGGCUGGGCGCAAAAUCAAACCAAUACCUCCCAUGAAGAUAUUUAUGGAUUCCAAAGCAACAAAAACGAUAACAUGAAGUGCGUAUUCUGAUGUUGACUCCAUGAAUUAUUAAAUAAAGAUAGAAUUUAACUGACCAUGAAAUUAAAAAAUCUUUCAAAUGUAUGCUCUCAGUAGAGUUUUAUCCAUAAGGAAAAGAUGCCAUUAACAUUAGGAGUCGUACACAACAUUUUCAGAAGUGUACAAAACAGUAUGGUAGUGGGGUGGGGGGCAUGUGUAGACAAAUUUAUAACCUUUUACGUUUGAUUGAAAAUUUUGAUUCAAAAUAAAAUACAAUAUUUGAAAUAAUAGAUUUAUAUUGUAGACAAAUUUGUUCACUUUUACAUAUGCACGAAAAUGUUGAUUCAAAUAAAAUACUGACUUAUAUGACCAAUUAUAAUGCAACCAGGAUGUAAUAUACAUUUUCAUGUAGCCAACUAUGGAACUCGUAAAAAAUAAAGAAUGGUUUUGCAAAAUGUAGAAUUUCAAAUGGGAGGGAAGGGGUUCCGAAAAAGAGUACUGUUUGUACACUUGCAAAUAUGUUAAUAAUUGUGAACGACCCCUUACCACUAGUAUUGUUUUAUGUUGUGACAAUACUGUAUUUGCUUAUUGGUUGUGAGGGACACUGUGUAUUAAAAAAUGGAAAACAUAGUAUAUUUGUUGUAGCAAUAUAUUACAGUACUGUAAUUUGAAAUCCAAGAAUACCUUUAUAUACAUAUUUACAGAAAAUUACAGGUGUAUCCUAAAUAUAUUCAUACAUUAUAUUUAUUUACAGUAUAUUCUUGACAUCAUGUUCACUGGUGCAAUUAAUAUACAGGAUUCACUAUUCCUGAGCAUAAGGCCAAGUAAAAAAAUUGUGACUAAAAGAAAGGAUCAUGUUGUUAUGGCAACAAUGAAUCUGAUUGGCAAAAGGAAAGCUAAGGGAAACAAACUAAUGCAAGAAACCAAUAUUUUUUUUACCUGGCUUAAAAAAAGUUAUUGCACUGACUAUAUAAAAACAGAAACAUAUGAGGCAAGUUGUAUCAAAAGUUGAAAUUCAAUUUACAGUAUUGGUAAUUUUUUACACCCGAGUAUGUUAUCUUUAAAAUGAGGGGUCAUUCAUUGAAAUUGAACAUUUCAUGCCUUAGUUAUUGGAAAGUGAAAAUACAGCACUCUCAAGAAACACGUUGAGUAAUUGCCUUCCAAAGUUAUUUGUGCAUACCAAAAUAACGCUGAAUAAACGAUUUGUUGGGCAUGAUUAAUUAUACAUUAAACUUGAUCUAUAGCGAAAAAUAAUUUUGAUUUUUAGCUCCCAUACAUAAUUUCUCAAUCAUUUACUGUGCAAAAACUUGACUAUUUUCCCACAAAAUACCUUGUAUAAUAAAUCAAAAUCCUC